AUGGGACGAGGCAGUCAUGGGCAUGAUGGGAAGCUGCGACCAAGGCGUGCAAACCUCCUAACCACCACAGUCGAUAGUCACUCCACUGUCACUCCUAGCGAAGAACCAAUCAGUCAUGGUAAAGCGAAGGAAGACUCCAACACCGCGAAGGAACAGUCCAUAAGUGCAUGGGGAAAGGCAGCUACAAAGCACCUGUUUCUGAGGGACAACCAGUAUCGUGUAAACACCAGCAGGAGAACCGAAAAGCAUACACUUCGGAAGUGUCCGCUGAAGGUUCCGCUAAGGGUUGAAAAGCUGUCCUCUACAACCUCCGAAGCUGCUCUGAAGCUUACCAUCUUCAGAUGA